GGCAAAGUGUCGUGGCUUAUGGAGCUAAACUCUGAUGUUUAACAAAGCACCGUAAUGAGUGGGAAAGUCUGGAUAUUGAUCACUGCAGUUUCAUUCAUCACCCAUGUUUACCAUGUCCAGUCCAAGUGCAUGAAGCAAGACAUUAAGGCACAUCUGGAUGAGCUGAUGUUGGAAGAGCACGUGUUUCAGAUGAAGGUGUUCUCACCUGAAACGAAGGAACGUGAGCUUCUAUCAGUAAUAAAUACCCUCUGUUCAUACUGGACAAAUAAUAAGGGCAAGGAUAAAUUAAAAGUUGUACAAACUUUUCACAUAAUGCUGUAUAAUCUAGAUGAAAAAUUCAAAGACUUUUGUGCAAAUCUCAACUGCACGGAUGCUUACACAGUACGCGGCAUUGACACAGCCACAUUUGGAGAAAUGUAUAAAGAAUCUUGCAAUGGAUCAGUAUCAGACCUGAAGUGUCCAUCAAAGAGCGCACCUUUAACAACGAUCAGCCCAACUCCUGAAUUCAGCACAGCAUUUUUAACAACGGUCAGUUUAAUCACCACAGAUCAUGAAAGCUUAACAUCUUUAACAACAUUGGUCAGCCCAAACAUCACUGCUCCUGAAAAUUUGACAGCAGAUCCAUCGGCACAUACAGAAACCAUCAUUAAAGAUGACAGUCAGUGGGCUACCAUUAAAACAUGUUCUGGACUCCUGGUUGUGUCAUUCCUGCUGAAUACGGUUUUACUCUUCAAGGUGUUUCACAUGCACAGGAAGUCAAAAACAUCCAGAGAGAUGACACACUUAGAGUUACAAGGUAGACAUCUGAUUAGUAAAUGAAUCAUUUUAGCACUUCGUGGGUCACCUGUUGAUGUGUUUCUCCAGCUACAUAAUCAUUCUCCAGUCAUCUGUUACUGCAUCCACACUCUCUAUGCAUGACACAGUGCUGUUUUUAAAUCUGUGACUUGCAAUGUGCCUGACAUGCCCACACAGCUUGUGUAUUUUUCAGUUUCUAAUUGUAAUUGUCUUGAAUGUGCCUCUGUAACUGUUAUCCAUCAUCUAUCAGGUACAUGGGAUAUGUUUUAAGAAAUACUUUAAAUAUACCAUAAUUUGCAAUAGAAGAAACCCCCUCUUUUUAACACUUUAUUUUAUUAAUCUUGGUAUUUAUUAUCAUUGUUUUUAUUUGAUCUACUUACCCAUCCCCGGUUCUCUUUGUUCUGUCUAUUAUAUAUUUUUGUUUACACAAAAAUAUUAUAACUAGUACAGAAAUUAUUGGGAAAAAAUCCUUCCCCUUUAGCAUUCAGGCCCCGAAUGGUUGUACCAGACAGGGGAACGAAAAGUAUUUACAGCCAAGAUACCGCUGCAAAAAAGUAAUAUAUCCUGUUGUUUUCAGGAGUUUGUAUUUUAUUGUAUUGUUU